CGUAAAUUAGAUCGCUUUCUUUCAAAAUCAUGGUGGUCAAAUUGAUGGCCGUUCUAUCAUUUCAAACUGCACUUUUCUUGAUCAUAGGCCAUGUAGUUUUGGGGAACCAGCUGGAAGCUGCAUCCGAUGCAGUAAUAAAAAGCAUCCAGAGUGAAGAUGGAGAUGUAAUUGAUUGCGUUGACAUCUACAAGCAACCAGCUCUUAAUCAUCCUGCACUAAGGAAUCACAAAAUCCAGAUGGAGCCCAGCUACGUUCCACCACCAACUAUAGAUCAAACUACCAGAAAGAUAAACAGAGCGAAAGGCAAGGAGAAUAAAGAAUCCAAAUGGAUAAAACAGAUAUGGCAUAAGAAUGGAAGCUGCCCUCAAGGUACUGUUCCUAUACGAAGGAAAACGCAAACAAAGGAUAAAGCAUUACCGAUCGUAUCAAGAACAAACAAAAGCUCUUUCAAUCUUAGCAAACAUGAGUUGAGCCAAAGCAACAAGGGACUGCUCCGCCCAAACCACGCGAUGUCAUUCUUGGGCGCGAAGGGGGAAUAUUUAGGAGCACGAGGAGACAUUGCCGUCUAUAACCCUUCCGUAGAAAGGUUCGAUGAGUACACUCUCUCAGACAUUUCUGUUGAAAAUGGCGAUGACCACAAUUUUGAAGCAGUUAGAUCGGGAUGGAUGGUGAAUCCAACGUUUUAUGGAGAUAAGCAGACAAGACUUUUCACCUACUGGACUGCUGAUGGGUCGCAAAAUACAGGAUGCUUCGAUUACGUUUGUCCAGGUUUUGUGCAAGUCAAUAAUGAUAUCGCACUUGGAGCUGCAAUCGAACAAAUAUCUAAACCUUCUUAUAAUGAGCCUGCUCAAGUUAUGAAAGUUCUUCUUUAUAAGGAUUUAGCUACGGACCAUUGGUGGGUGAGCGUAGACGACAAGAAUAUAGGGUACUGGCCGAAGGAACUCUUCAGAAAAUUAUCUUAUGAGGUUGAAAGGGUUCAAUGGGGGGGAGAUGUGUAUAGCACCAGGCUGGAAACUCAGCCCCACACAGCCACCGCGAUGGGAAGCGGGGCAUACUCUUCUCCGACCGACUGGUUAACGGGUUCGAUCCGGAGGAUUAAGGUUCUGCUAAAUACUACGGUGUGGGCAUUUCCAAAUUAUGCCUAUACUUAUGCCGAUCAGGUUAAAUGUUACGAUUUUUAUAUUCAACUCGCUGCUGAUGACCCGAUUUUCUAUUAUGGAGGACCCGGCAGCGGCGGCCAAGCUUCUAAGUGUCAAUAAUUUGGGUGGACUAUUUUAUCAUUUGUUAUUUGAUUUGUACUUUUUUUUAAUAGUGAAUCAUGUGAUCUAUUGAAAAAAUAUACAAUUUCUAUAUUAGG